CGGCGCACAACUGUGACGUAUACGUCACGGACACGUCACGAACGCGACACUCUUACAUCGAAUUGGAGCUAGCUGUAAUAGCAGUUUUAGCUGAAAAAUCGGAGUCAACCGUCAAGUUAAAGUCACACAAAAUGGGUGGGAAAAAUAAACAAAGGACGAAAGGAAAUGUUCGGCCUUCUAGCAGUGGCAGAGCUGCUGAACUGUUAGCUCGGGGAAAUGGACUGGUCCCUGGGUUUGUUGGAUUUGGGGUUUCGACCUCAAAAGAACCUGGAUAUGUUCCUGCGGUCCAUGGUGCCGAGGAAAUAGACAAUCUGGUGGAUGCUGAUUUUCGGUUGGUUUUGAGGAAAUUGUCCAAGAAAGAUACAGUCACGAAACUGAAGGCUGUACAAGAAUUUGGAGCUAUGUGUCAAGAGCGUGACUCAGACAUAGUCAAAGGGGUUCUUCCAUACUGGCCGCGUAUAUAUUGCAAAAUAUCAAUGGAUCAUGAUAGACGACUUCGAGAAGCCACACAGCAAGCAUUUGAACAGCUGAUUCUGAAAGUCAAGCGUAACCUCGCCCCAUACCUUAAAGGAUUAAUGGGUCACUGGCUCAUAGCACAGUGCGACAUCCAUUCUCCUGCUGCCUCUGCUGCUAAUGUCGCCUUCCAGGCUGCUUUCCCGCUUAACAAACAGUCUGAGGCUCUCAGCUACUGCAAAGAUGAAGUAUUGACCGUGCUCCAAGACAAUCUGCUCAAGGAAACAGCCGACACUCUAAGCGAUCCACAGAUUGUACCAGAGGAGGAGCGACAGGCAAAAUACGUGCGUGUGCUGACCAGCUCGCUGCUGGCUCUCAAGAAACUGCUCAACUCUUUAUCCGUGUCCGACCGGGAGGCUCUCAGCCAGCGGCUCGUUCACAUAAUCUCACAAGGGAAAUUCUGGAAGUAUAGCAAACAUAACACCCCACAGGUCAGAGGGGCGUUUUUUAAAGCGGUAGCUGCGUUGUGUGAACUUGUGCCUGAACUUAUUCAGACCGAAGCAGCUCGAGCUUCUUCUGCUGUACUCCUAAGUAUCAACGACUCGGAUCCUGUCGUGUUGCCGCCGCUUUGGGAAGCUGUUCUGCACAUUAUCUCAAGUAUACAGGAUUGUUGGUCUCAUGUAAACGCUCAGAAAGCUGUUCUGCCCAAGCUUUGGGCUCUGUUGAGAGAAGGAGGACGUGGUCUGGCAACCUCCCUCCACCCCAACAUGCUUCCAUUUAUCAGCAAACUGCCAGGAGACGUCACUGAACCUAAACUAGAUUUCUGUAGCACGUUCCUCUCUUCCAUUAUUAAAGGUCUUUCCAGUGAGCGUGCAUUAGUCAGCCCAUCAGAAAGAGCAGCCAUUGUCUUUGCUACCAUGGAGUCCCUUCGUUUUCUUCUGCUACAGAACGUGGGAGAGGAUCCGGAGCAGCGAGCCAUACAGAACAUGCUCCUCUCAGAGCAACUUAUCCCUUUGAUAGACAAAGCCCUUGGAAGCCAAGCAUUGCAAAGCGGGCCUCUGUUCCCUGAGAUCACAGAGAUGCUAGUCUCAUGGGAGAAGCGUGCAGUGGGAAACGAGGCCACCACUUUCCUCAGACUUCUGUCAGAUUUCUGGGAGGGUUUAGGCUGCAUCUGUGUACAAUAUGUGGAUCGUGAGGAGCAGCAGGUUGAGCAGGUGGUGUUGCAAGGCAUUGCUUCACUAUUGCAGAUCAUGCAGAAUCCAGACAGCUAUUGCACCAAACAAGGGAAGAAAAAGAAAUCUGUUAAGGUAUGCUUCUCUGAGGAAGAGGUGAAAGUGCAUGCAGAGGAAAACCUGAGCCAAACUCCAGACAUGGAGACCUUAAAGAGGCAGGAGAAGCAGCAGAAUUCUCCCCUGAGGAGCAGCCACCUGUUGGAGCUGGUCUGCCAGCUGGCUGAACUGAACAUGGUGUAUGUGAGUGAGCGUGACUCAGAAAGGCACCUGCGCUUCCUGGCUUUAUUGCUGCAGGCUUUCCCAAAGGCCGAAGUUUUCCAAGGGCUGCUCAUACCAGAUGAUGGGAAGACAGAGGCGGAAUUGGGGACUGAGUUGACAGAAAAUCCAGGCAUCCAGUUCCUCCUGCAGAGGGUGAUGGUUUGGCUCGAGCAGGACGACAGGAAAGACACAGACUUCCUUGUGGACAUGUUGUUCAGUUGUUUGCAAUGCUGUGGCUCAAACACAGAGCAGACUCUUGUACUCAACCACAUCACCGUGGACUUAAAAUGGGGUGUUAUUCUGCAGAUAAUUGAAAAGGCAUGUGCUGAUGCUGGGUGUUUGGAGGUAUGUGUAGGAUGGUUCAGAGGGUCUGUUUUAGGUGAGCGUGUGGUUAGACUGGCUAGUGAGCUGUGUGCUUUGGGGCUGAAAGGUUCUCCCUCUGCGUCACCUACCUUGGAUCAAGAUAACCACAGCUGGCGGCUCAUUAGUCUGGCACUAUCCCAACAACAUGAUGAUGAGCCCCUAAUAGGAAAGGUGUACGUAGAACAGAUCAUUGAGAGGCUUCGUGCUACACUGUCCGAGGCGAAGGGCAUGUCUGAUGCUGGCAACAUGGAACCCCUGGUCUCCUUUAUAUCUGAUGUAGCAUUUAACUUCUUCUCAUCAUUAAAGGGCUGUUUACUGCUGGCUGCUGCUGUGGAGCUGCUGCUCACUAUUUUCCAGCUUUGUGCUCAGGAUCAGAUGCUAACUCACCUUUCAGACCCUCUGAGGGAGAAGCUGAAACAUGCAUACACAGCUGGGGUUCAGUCAUUGGUUACGCACCUGGGGGCAGGUGUAACAAAGGGUACCAUCCUCCACAGUGCGGCAGUGUGGGUUAAAAACCAACUACUCACCUCUACUCUCAAUGUGAAAAGUCUGCAGGUUCUGGUACAGGCGGUGCAGAGCUUAACUGACACUUUAGCUUCUGCUCAGACAACCGGCUCUCUGCUGUCUCAGUUCAUCUGCUGCCUUACUCCAACAAGUGAGGAGUGGGCCGAGCUUAGAGAAGCCCUACCACCUCAGUGGGUGAAGCGGCCUUUGCUGUAUGGACGCUUUAAAACAAUUUGCAUGAAUCCUGGCAUGGAGGUGUGGAAGGUCAAGGCUUUAAAGACACUCCCUGCACACCUGUGUGCCAGUGCUCUGCUGGGUAAGAUCAUCUUCAGUGCAGUGUCAGCUCAUGAGCAGCAGGAGGAGACAGACGCUGUCGAGCUUUCUGAUCCUGGACACAAAGCAGCAGAAAUUCUCUACGCACUGCAGUGGUGUGAAGAGAUGGAACAUUGCUCUCCGUUGGUGUCUGAAUAUCACAAAAUUCUUCAAGACUGGGACAUAGUUCAGAAAGUGCAUUCAAACAGUUGUGCCGUUUUGGAAAACCUCUUCGCAAGGUCCAGAAAAGAGGGUGCCCUCUGGUCACUGACUUUGGCAAACUAUAUUCAGAAUAGCAAAUCGGUUGAAAGUCACAUCACGAGUCUCUAUGAUAAUGUGGAAAGUUUCUACCCUCUCUCAGAGCAGAAUGUGAGCACUAUCCAUGUGCUGUGUCCGUAUAUGAAUACUACAGAGAGAGAAGCACUAAUCACUCUGUCCAUUUCUGAAUUACUCAACUGGCAGGAGAAAGCGCAAGACUGUGCUCAAAGUGUUUGGGCUUGUCUAGCAGUGUUGGACUGUUGCCUGCAGUCUGAAACUCCUGUUGAAGAUGAGAUUCUGCUGGCGGUUAUGGCCACCAUGCUCGAAUGGCGGAACAGCAAAGAGGAAUGGUUUCUCUUUAACAGUGACCUCGGGAAUGCAACUGCUGAACAGCUUGCCCUGCCUGUAGAGAUGAUGCGUUUCCUGUCUUGGAUGGUGAAACAUUCUCCCACAGUCCUCGGCAGCACUCAUUGGGACUUCCUUCUCUGCUCUAUGCUGGCCUGGCUGGAGACUGCCAGUGAGUGCAGCAGGGCAUUCUGGAACCCUUGUGUGCAACAGUUUGUGCAGGCUAACAGCGAGCUGAUUGUCACACUGAAUGAGUUCUUCACAGCACCACCUGCUGGUGUAAUGGAGCAGCUGCCUCCUGAUCUCAGCUUUGAAUGGCAGGAGUUCUUCAUGGAGGGAAUCCACAAUCUGCUGCUGCCUCUGUUGAUCAAGAUUCCUGCGGAGUUUUCUGAGCCAGAUGAAGCAACGUUCCCAGUGGCUGUGGUGGAGGGGCUGGGUGAAGCUCUCCGGUAUAUUCCCAUCCAGCUACUCAUACACAACAAACUCCCAGCUCGGUUUAUUGCCGACCAGAGGAGCAACCUGCCUGAUGCCCUGCAGACGCUGCUGAACACACUCACACCGCUGCUGCUGUUCAAGAGCCGGCCGCUGCAGCUGGCUGCCUACAACAUUCUGCACAAGAUAAUGCCUUCACUACCAGAAAGCGACAAUGAAAAUGGCAGCACCAAAUCUGAUGAAGAGGAUGAAGAAGAGCAGUCCUUGUCUCCGCCGGCUGCAGUUAUGAGUAUACUCACAGCUACGGAGGAGCUGGUGGAGAAUAUUUUGGGUAGUGUACAAGUGGGCGAGUUUGCUGUUGUGCAACCUCUCAGUAUGGAGCACUGUUGCAUCCUGGGAUAUCUGUUGGCCUGGAAACUUCUUCUCGUCUUCUUUAAUGCUUCACCUUCCCAGCUGCGUGUUCAAUACUGCCUGCAUUUAAAGAAGACUCGUUCACUGCAUAAGCUGCUGCCGCACCUGUUUCGACUCAUGCCGGAGAACCCAGCACUGCCUGGACAACUAACAGAAACAGCCAGCAGGGACCCUAAAAGCUUCUUUACUGAGAGCCUUUCUCUCUCCCUGCAUCAGAAAGACAGCUUGCAGUUCGAGGUUCCACACUUGGCCUGCUCUGUGUACUACAGUGCUCUGAAGGACCUGCCUGCCAUGGUGCGUCUGUGGUGGAACAGUCAGGAGAAGCGUGUGGUUAGCAUUGUGGAUAAAUUCACCAGCAAGUAUGUGAGCAGUGUGCUAUCAGCACAGGAGAUUGCCUCGGUGCAGUCCAGCACGCAGACAUUCGACAGCAUGACGGUCAAAGCUCGCACUGCCACACGAGAAGUGAUAGCAACAUACUCAGUGGAUGAUAUUUUUAUUGAGCUAGUGAUCCAGCUGCCCCAGAACUACCCUCUGGGCUCUAUUAUUGUGGAGAGUGGCCGCAGGGUCGGAGUCGCAGUGCAGCAGUGGCGCAACUGGAUGCUGCAGCUCAGCACCUACCUUACACACCAGAACGGCAGUAUCAUGGAGGGUCUCUCUCUUUGGAAGAACAACGUGGAUAAACGGUUUGAGGGAGUGGAGGACUGCAUGAUCUGCUUCUCAGUCAUUCACGGUUCCAACUAUUCGCUUCCUAAAAAAGGCUGUCGCACCUGUAAGAAGAAAUUCCACUCUGCUUGUCUUUAUAAGUGGUUUACUUCAAGCAACAAGUCCACAUGCCCCCUGUGUAGGGAGACCUUUUUCUAAACUCCAUCAUGGACAACUCAUUGAACUGUGAACACGGACGCAACGGGGUAAAACAGCAAGAAAAGAAAAGAACUCAACCUGUCGAAUAAAUUUGUACAUAAAACUUUAUACACCAUAUUGAGUGAGAGAGAAGUUAUUAUGGGCAGUGAAGCCCAUUUUAGUGAUCAUGCACUCAUUCUCCUUACUGAGAAGAAUGAUGAACAAGACCCAUCAAAAUGGCAUGAAUUUACUCAGCAUUUACUCAGACUAGAGGGAUGACACUGUAUCCAAGCUGUCUCUAUUUUCAGAAUCCAUGGAUUUGGAUUGGACCAGACUGCCUUGUUGUGUCUCGUUCAUUUUUUUUUUGUUUCAGCUUUGUUGUGUCUAGUUCAUUUUGUUUUGUCUUAUUCACAAUGUUCCUCAACUAAUAUGCCUACUUGCAAAUCCUGAUGAAAAAUGUCCUGUAAAAGGACUGUAUCAUUUUAAAAAAAAAACAACCUUCAAUUCCAUACAUAAAGGGAAUAUUUUCCGUUGUGUAAAUCCCUGUGCUGUUCUGAAGGAAAUUGGCCUCUAUAUCAGAAAAUCAUGUGGUGCUAGUAUGGGGACCAUGUUAAGCAGUGUGUAGACCCACUUCACUUCCUGAUUUAAUGUUAAAUUUCUAAAUCAUUUCUUUGUAGUCAUUUGCAUUUCACUCGUCCUUACUACAAAUGUACAGACUGUUGCAAUCGGAGACAAUAUUAAGUCCAACAUUUACACUGCUUUUAUCUUCUCUCCAACAGUGCAAUAAAUUGAUUGUCAAUCAUAAUAACAAUGCUGGUGUUAGGAGUAUUAGUCUCAAAUGCUACUUAAAAUCAUUAAAAAUUGGGCAUUAGGUGGGAAUAUUCCUUGCAUACUUUUAUGUUCUUGAGAGAAAAUCUACACAAAAAUGCGGAGAAUAUGUGAAUCUCUUUCUCUCUCUUUCUCUUUCUCUCGCUCUCUCUCUCUUUCUCUUUCUCUCUUUCUCUCGCUCUCGCUCGCUCGCUUGCUCGCUCUCUCCACAGACAGUACCUCAAAGAAAACAUGACAAUAAUUUAGCAUUUAAACCCAGCCAUGCAUGUGUUAUUUUGCCCACUUGCUUCAAAUAUUCUACUCUAAAAAUGUGGUACUCUCUGAUGGUUUAGACAAAAAAUUUUGCUUUGGUAUGAAGCGCUUGCAUGCAAAAACAUUAACUGCUCUUUAUGCCUUUAUUGGAUGAGUGCAUUAUGGUUUUGCCCCUCAGUGUAGACAGGGAGUAGUGAGAGGUGACAAGAAUUUGUGAUCAAAUCACAGCCGAACAAUCUGCUGAAUGGUAAAUAUUUGAUAGUCAUCAGUGAGGGUCUGUGUGCCAGAUAAACAAAUAAGAUAAAUAACAGCCUGUCCUUGUUUGCUCUGCUUGUAUCUAUUUACCAAAAAGUUUUGUCUUUUAAACACGCUCAGCAUUUAGUUAAAUGUCCAAUCAUUGACACAGACACUCACGGUCAUUUCACAAUCCAUUACUGUAUUGCUGAUUGCAAAUUGAACAAUUAGUGUAUUGGCUGUUUCUUUUGUUGUUACAGUCACAGUGCUGCUCUGCUUCUGAUUACUGUUAUAUUGUCUUACAACAAACAUUUUUCUGAACCAAUAUUCAUCCCAUUUGAGUAUCCAUUUUACAAUGCCUCUCUAAAAUCUACUGAUAGACAUUUUCCUCCACUUAUGUUAUUACGUAGUAGUGAAUGUUUCAUAAAUGACCUAAUUAUCAUAACGUCACUAAAUUUGACUAAGACCAAUAAAUAAAAAAUAUAAUGGGUAUUAAAGAAAUUCAUGUGCCAAAUUGCUGUAUGUGAUCCAAAUAAAAGACAAAGUUUGUCAAAUAUUAA